UGCAGUUUUAUCCCUUUCUCUUUUAGUUGACUCCACUCUCACCCUAACUGUAGUAACCAUCAUGGUGCCUCUUAUACAACCGCCGUGGCUAAUGCAAAACACUACCACUACGCCUGAAUUUUCGGCUACCGGAGGGGAUGAAGGGGAAGACACGCCCAGCUAUAGCGAGACUGCCGCCUAUCUCUCUGCUAAGGUUUUGACAAUCGGAGGCGUUAUACUACUAGUAAUGGGGCUGUGUUGCGCGUUUGCAAUACUUUUGAGGUUCAAUCGACAUUCACGGCAGCAAACGCUUCAAAGGAUAGAAUUCAAAAAGACGUCAGUCCUUACACAGAGUACAGUCAAUCGUGCGCUUCCGAUCCGUAUCUGGCCGUCCCAGGAGCUCCUUCUUAUCGAUGAUCACCAUCGCGUGGUGGGUGUCUAUCAUGCCCCGGACAGGCCGAAGACCAACGUCAAUCUGCAGAGACAGGAAAGAGAGUCUGGAACGGAUUCGAAAGAACAGCAGCGGCCGUGGCCAUUACUCAAGAGUCUGGAGUUCAUGGAGCGACUUUAUAGUCGUUCAAGUGGCAGCAACGGCAGUACCAGUACUAACGCCAACACGGAUACCGCCAGUACCGCAGUGAUCCCUCUCUCCACAAUUGAGUCCACUUCACACGGUCCAUCGUUAACGCCAAUGAACACAGAAACAACUGAGACGCGGAUAGCAGCGGUAGAUUCCAGCCCAGACACGUCCACUGAUGAUAGGUGUUGCACGAUCUGUCUAAUGGAGUAUCUGGACGGCGAUCGAGUCCGCAUUCUACCCUGUGAGCACGAGUACCACGCGGAGUGCGUCGAUAUCUGGCUAACAAACAAGUCGACGCAGUGCCCGCUGUGCAAGCACGAUCUCUCGGAUGACAUUGCAGAGCCUUCGAUCACAGCUUCAUCUCGCCAGCCAUAGCCGACCUAAUGAUGCAGCGCUCUAACUUCUUGCAUAAUUCAUUCUACGCAUUCAGAUCCACGCUCAUCAUUUUCCUUGAUAAUAUCACGCGUUAGCAUUCGCGUCUAGCGCUUACGCAAUAAAAGAAAAAAACGGGCCAUGGAGACGCACUACAUCUGUCGCAGUUGGCGAGGAGAAUAGCGAUAGCGGAGAAAAUCAGCGCC